AUGCCCUCCACAUCCCUCCCACCUACCACCCGCCUCGUCAACAUCGGCACCCACUCCCUAGCCCUCUACACCCACGGCGCCGAGCCAACCAACUCCAAACAGCCAGUAAUCCUCUUCAUCUCCGGCGUCGCAAGCGACGCCCUAAACUGGCAAGCCGUAACACGCCUCCUCGGUCCCUCGCAGCGAAGCUACACCUACGACCGCUCGGGUUACAACAACUCCGAGUCCUCGCCGAACCCUCCAACGGCCGAGACCAUCGCCCGCGAACUCUCGCUGCUGAUUGAGAAUGCGCCGAUCCGCAACCCCAUCAUCCUGGUCGGACACUCCUGGGCCGGCGUGGUGAUACACGAGUUCAUUGCGCUUAGCCUUAAGGGCCCGGUGACCACGACAGAGCAGAUUGCGGGCUUGGUGCUCGUUGACGCGAACCAUGAGACUGCGCCGUUGGUGAUGGACGUGAAUGACCCGGUUCUCUGGACUGUUGCUGCGGGGGUGGAUCCGUAUGCUGCGUGGGGCGUGGAGGCGAAUCACAAGUUGACGGUGGAGGAGUGGACGGCCUUCAAGGCGGCUGAGGCAACUGAGAAGUAUGAGUUGAUUGCGCGCAAAGAAGACGAGAAUUACCUGUCUAGUUUUGAGACGCUGCGGAAGAAGGAGCUGGGGAAGAAACAGCCAUUGCUAGGCGACAAGCCGGUUUAUGUGAUUGCGGGCACGAGGAGCAGGGAUUGGAGUGGAUUGUACAGGGCGGGUGUUGCUAGAGGGAAUGGGACGGAGGAGGAGAGACGCCAUGUGAGGGCGUUGAUUGAGACGGUCGAUGUUAAGAGUGCGGGUCUUAUGAGGGAGUUUUUGAAAAUCUCGACGAAGAGCGAGCUUGUUUUUGCGGCGAAGAGUGGCCACUUCGUCCAGUUGACCGAGCCGGAGAUUGUUGUCGAUGGGAUUAACUGGGUUCUAGAUGGAGCACCCCGGCCUUCUUCUCCUUAUAGACGAGAAUAG